GACGACCCUUCCACCGAUCAACGACUUCAACGACGUCCGUUUACGUACAAUUAUUUUCUCUCUCUACUCUCUCCAUCUCUCAGGAUUUUAGGAAUUAGGGGCGGUUUGGAUCACUCCUUUCCCUUGGAUUUUUCCGUGAUUAUUUAUAGCUCAUUUUACCAGGUGUCUUAUUUUCUUAUGGCCUUGUACUUAUCAAGAAUUUAUGCUGGGUUUCAUGUGUUGUGUUUGUAAAAAAUUGCCAUGCACAACUGUGUAAACACGUUCUACGACAAAGAGAGAGUGUGGAAACUGAUGCGAUGUCAGCAUCCAGCAAAUUCGAUCUGUCUUCUAAUAGCCCAGACAGGCCUUUAUACACUUCUGGGCAGCGUGGAUCCUAUUCUGCAGCUUCAUUGGACAGAUCUGGUAGCUUUAGGGAAAACACAGAGAUGCCAAUUUUACCAGCCAUUCCAAACAUGAGUAGAGGUAGUUCUGCUGCAACACAAGAUGUGAUGAGUUUCUUUCAAUGUUUACGAUUUGAUCCAAAAUCAAUGGUUACAACCCUCAAACUUAAUCGACCAGUGGAUUUUAAGCGACUUGCAAGUGUUUCUUUUGGAAUUCCAUUGGAAGAUCCUUCUUCAGCACCUGCAAAAGGCAAACCUGUGUCUUCUCCUUCACCUGAGGAAUUUAGACGUCUCAAGACCUCUGUCCGUGAGGGCUGUAGAAAAGCUAGGGAACGUGUAAAAAUAUUCAAUGAGUCAUUAUCUGUGAUGAACAAGUGGUUUCCAACUAUUCAAUCACGGAAGAGAUCCCGGUCAGAUUCCUUUUCCAGUGACCGAUCCAAUACCUUGUAUUCAGCUGAUCGAUCAGUUUCGGCUACAGGCAUUUCUAAGAUGGGUGCUCAGAGUCAUGUUGGUGCAAAUGGUUUUGACGUGGAGCAAAAAUCAGAAGAGAGGACAAAGAAUUCUGUACCAAACAAGCGCACCAGGACUUCUAUGGUGGAUCCCAGGGCGGAUGCAAGGGCUAAUACUCUUGCUAGGCCUUCAGGGACUGCAGAUAGAGAUAGGGAAAUAUUGAAAAUUCCCAGUAGUAGUGCAGUCCAAAGCGAGGAUCGGCCAUCACCUUUAGGUGUUGAUGGAUGGGAGAAAUCCAAGAUGAAGAAAAAGCGGUCUGGGAUAAAGCCAGAUGUUGCUGCAAGCUCAUCAGCAGCAAAACCUAUGGAUGGCUCUAGAGAUUUUAAACAAGGGAUGCAACCGCGGCUUCUUGCUGAUGCCCGGUCAAGGCUGAGUGAGAGCCAUGGCUUCAGACCUGUUGCUAAUGGAGGUAUGAGCAAAGUUGAUGGUUCCUCACAGCAAAGCAGUUCAGGCACACGAUCAUCGAUCUCUCGGCUGGAGCAGGAUAACAGCCCCCUUCUCCAUGAUAAAAGGGAUCGCCCUACAGAUAAAGAAAAAGUUAAUAUGAAAGCUAUUAACAAGACAAGUGCUCGAGAAGAUUUCAGCUCUGGUAGCCCUACAUCAAGCACAAAACUGAAUGCAACUCGAGGUCCACGGUCAGGUUCAAGUGUUGGGCAAAAAUUGUCACCUGUGGUUUCUCAUGCAACAGCUGCCAAUGAUUGGGAAGUUUCUCAGUGCACAAGCAAAAUACCUGCUGCAGUUGGUGUAAACAGUCGGAAACGGACACCGUCGAUGAGGUCUUCAUCACCUCCUGUUGCCCAGUGGGCCAGCCAGAGGCCCCAGAAAAUCUCAAGAACAGCAAGAAGAAGUAAUUUCAUACCUAUAGUGCAGAGCACUGAUGAAACCUCUGCUUUGGACACGGCAUCUACAGACACUGGAAAUGAAAGGCGCUUAUCUGGAAGUUCUCCUCAGCAAGUUAAAUUGAAAGGUGACCACUUCUCUUCAGCCGCAUUGUCUGAAAGUGAGGAAUCAGGGCCCCCCUCUGAAAUGAAGUUUAAAGAUAAGAUGAAGAAGUCCGAUGGCAUGGAAGAAAAAGCUGGGCAGAAUGUCCAGCAGAUGUCAAACUUGAUGCUACCACCAAGGAAAAAGAUUAUUAGUGGGGAUGACCAUGGAGAUGGAAUUCGAAGACAAGGCAGGACUGGACGGGGAUUCACUUCAACUAGGUCCUUAAUGCCAUUAACUGUUGAAAAGCUUGGAAAUGUGAGAACUGCAAAACAGCUUAGAAGUGCCAGACUUGGAUUUGACAAAACUGAAAGUAAGGCAGGUCGUCCGCCCACUAGGAAGCUCUCUGACCGUAAAGCUUAUACACGUCAGAAGCAUUCUGCAGUCAGUUUAGCAACAGAUUUUAUUGUCGGUUCAGAUGAUGGACAUGAAGUACUACUCGCUGCUGCAAAUGCUGUUACUAAUCCAGCCCCAGCACUUUCCAGCUCAUUUUGGAAGCAGAUGGAGCCACUCUUUCGGUUUGUAUCUGAUGCAGAUGUGGCCUAUUUGAAACAGAAGGUGGAGUUUGAACCAAUCACGGUGUCACCCAUGGCAGCAUCUUCAGGGAUGGUAAAUCCUAGUUCAGUGUCCAAUGGUUUUGGGGGUAAUGAAAUUGAAAGAGGAUUUAAAAGACAAUAUAGCGAAGAUACCCAGGAGCAUUUAUCCUCUGCCACAAAGACUCUUGAGGAUGUCUCCCUCUACCAGAGACUGAUUUCAGCUCUCAUUCCUGAAGGAGAUGAACAAUUUUGCCACAAUGAAAAUGAAGACAUCAGAUUUGAUGGUUAUGAGUCUGGAUUUGAGCCUGAGACAAAUGUAAAAUCAGAUAGUUUCUGUUCUCAGCUCUCUCAAAACUCUGAUUUAUCAGGAAAUCCUGCCUCUAAUGGUUUUCGCAUAAGUGCUAACGGGGGAUCCUUUAAUGAGCUCAAACAUAUUAUGCCAGACAAUAGCAGUUUGUCCAUUCCAGACACUAGAAUUCCAAGCUACAGAAAUUCACAAAAUGGUUUCCCACCAGACCAAGCACUGACGCCUGGCGUCAACUGCACUGAGGGUCAGUACAGUAGUAUGUCGAUAAAUGAACGACUUCUCCUGGAAAUUCAUUGUAUUGGAAUCUUUCCUGAAUUUGCGCCUGAUUCUGCAAAUUCUGGGAAUGAAGAGAUCUCUACAGAAAUUAGUAAAUUGAAUGAGAUUUACUAUGAACAGGUUUCAAAAAGGAAGGGUUUAGUUAGCAGACUGCUGAAAUCUGCUGUUGACACCAGAGAGCUUCAAGACAGGGAGUUUGAACAGCAUGCUCUCAACAAACUCGUAGUAAUGGCUUAUGAGAAAUAUAUGACUUGCUGUGGUCCUAAUGCUCAUGGGAUGAAAAGUGCAAAUGGUAAAAUGGCCAAACAUGCUGCUUUAGCUUUUGUAAAGAGGACAUUGGAACGUUGCCAAGAAUAUCAGGAAACUGGAAAAAGCUGCUUUAAUGAACCCUUGUUCAGGGACAUUUUCGUUUCUGGGUGCUCCCAGCUUGGUGAUGUCCAAGCUAUGGAUUCUAUUGCUGAUGGUGAAUCUGGCAAACAUGAAGUUAGACCUUCAGCUUCUACAUGUGCAGAGCAGAGCCCUUCUUCAACCAAUCAUGACAUGUUUUCUGAUAACCUCCUGUCUGCAAAUUUAGCUUCAGAACAAAUUUCUGGUAAGGAAGAGACCUGGUCAAAUAGGGUAAAAAAGAAGGAAUUGUCACUUGAUGAUGUUGGUGGUGGUGCAAUUGCCAUGUCACCAGCUGUCACACCAGGUAUUGGGAGUUCAUUUUCAAGCGGUACGAAGGGAAAGAGGAGUGAAAGAGACAGAGAAGGAAAAGGUAGUAGUAGAGAGGUUAUAUCCAGAAGUGGAACAACCAAAACAGGCAGGCCUACAUCGGCUAAGGGAGAAAGGAAGUCUAAGACAAAACCAAAGCAGAAAACUGCACAGUUGUCUGCAUCAGUCAAUGGCCUUCUUGGGAAGAUGUCUGAGAAGCCUAAAGUUACCGUACCUUCAACGCAAAAAACAAGUAAUACAAGCUCAAGUGGCAUGGUCAAAGAUAAAAAUGACUAUGGCUUGGAUGAACUAGAAGACCCUAUUGACUUAUCCGGCUUGCAGAUCCCUGAAAUGGAUGACCUAGGUGUCGCUGAUGAUUUUGGAGGUCAGGGACAAGACAUAGGAUCAUGGUUGAACAUUGAUGACGAUGCAUUGCAAGAUCAUGAUUUUAUGGGCCUUGAAAUUCCAAUGGAUGAUCUGUCGGAACUAAAUAUGAUGGUCUGAAGUUGCUUUUGUUGUAUAUUCCUGUUCAGUAUAAAUCACAGAGGAAAACAUCGUUGUUACCAAGAAAUGACCAGUUACACGGAGAUUGUGUGGCGGUCAAUAUGAAAAUUAAGCUAUAUUUUUUUUCAGAUACUAGUGCACUAGUUGAUUUUUGAGUGAACCCUUACAAUGUGUUGAUUUAGUUCCUUUUCACGUUUUUGACUUCGACUGUAAAAAUCUUUUUGUUCACCCUAUAAGCUAGUUUGUCUUAGCAGCACUGUAUUUGUUUGUAGUGCUUAUAGAUCAGAGAACAAUGUCCUUGUACAUAGAAUUUAUGUUCUAAUAAAAUUCGUUUUCAUUGGUUAAA